AAAAAAUACACAAAUGAUCACAAUAAAUAGGUUAUAAAAAUAAUAACAAUGUCAUUGUUAUUAAAAUUUAAUUUACCAUGUCGUUUAAUUCGAAAUUAUUCAUUAGCAAAUUUAAAUCCACAACAACCAGAAACAGUUAAAGGCAUAUGGACAAGAAAAAUUUUAAAUGAUCAAGAGCUAACAUUAAAUGCUGUAUUAAAUAAUGACAAUAUUAAAAAAAUAAAUAAUGAUAAAUGGUUAAAAAUACGUGAUGAACUAAUUAAAUCAAAACAUGUACAAAUAUCUGAAAAAAAUGUUGAUGCUGUUAUAUUAGAUACAUGUAAAGAUUUAAGUAAAGAUGAAAUUGCAUUAAAUUAUGUAAAAUAUUUAAUUGAUAGUAAUUAUAAAUUAAAUAUAGCUGUUAUUGGUAAAUAUUUUCGUUUUUUAAAUGAUCAUAAUUUAUCUGAUAUUGAAAAAAAAAAAAUUAUUGAACUAUAUGAUGAUUUAAGAAGUAAUCAUAAAUUACUUGAUGCAUUUACUGCUGAAAGUUGUAUUAUAGCAUUAUCUAAAACAAAAAGAUGGAAAGAAUGUUUUGAAUUAAUGGAUAUGGUUAAAUUAAGUAUGAAUCCAAGAACAGUUAUUGGAUCAUCAAUAAGUGCUGCUGCAUUUGAUAAUAAUGAAGAAAAUAUUGGCUGGGAAUAUUUAAAAAAUAUGUUACCAAAUUUAUGGCCAGAUGAAAAACCAUAUAUUUCAUAUUUAAAUUAUUGUAUUAGAACAACUGAUAAAAAUAAUACAAUUGAAUUAGAAAAUAAAAUUAUAAAAAUGUUUGAAUUUUGGAAAUAUUAUGAUAUACAUCCUUGGGUUGAUAUACUUGAUAAAUAUUACGAAGCAAUUAAUCAAACAUGGAUUGGAUCAGUUGCAAAUGUUAAAUCAACAGGAGAAUGUCAAAAUUGUGGUCAUACAUUGGAUCAUCUUCAAUUAACACAAGAACAAUUUGAUAGUUUAUCACAGGCUGUACUUGAUAAGGUACUUCUUGGUGAUAAUAUUUAUUAUACAACAACACCAAAAGAAUUUAUUGAAUUUAAAUAUUUUAUUGAAAAAACAAGACCAUAUGAUGUUGUCAUUGAUGGACUAAAUGCUGCAUAUUCAUUGAGGCAAAGUAAAGAUUACAGAGCACUUGGAGGAGAGCUAGCUAAAGUUGUUAAACUAUUUAAAGAUCAAAAUAAAAAAGUUCUAGUACUGGGUCGUAAACAUAUGAACAAAUGGAAAGGUCCAGCAAUGUCUUAUGUACAAAAAAAUGCAUUAAUGUUUUUAACAAAUGAUUUAUCAGAAGAUGAUCCUUAUUUACUUUAUGCAACAUUAAAAAGUGGUAUUGAUACAUAUUUUUCAAGUAAAGAUUUAAUGAGACAACAUAAAUACAGUGUUAAUGAUCCAAAUUUACGUAAAUUAUUUAAAAUGUGGCAAGUUACACGUCAAGUUGUACCAAAAUAUUAUGGUACUGUUAAUAAAUCAUUAUUUUUAAAAUAUCCACCAUCUUAUGUACCAAUUGCACAAUCAACUGAUACACAUUGGCAUAUACCAUGUAUUUUAAAUAAAGCAUAUGGUAAUCCAAUUAUAAAUGACAAUGAAGCACCAAAACAAUGGUAUUGUUUAAAAAAGAAACAAUUACAUGUAUCAUGA